AUGAACAGCAGCAGCGAGCAGCUGGGCGGGGGGGAGGAUGAGGCGGCCUGCACGUCUGCAUCGGAGGGUCUGGAGGAAGGCGAGGUGGAGGGAGAGACGCUGCUGAUCGUGGAGUCGGAGGACCAGGGCUCCGUGGAUCUGUCACAUGACCACAGCGGAGAGUCGCUGACCAGCGACCUGGGAGAGGACGCCGACGGAGGCUGGGCCUGCGAGGACAUGUCCUUCUACUGUGACCGCUGCCACAAGUGGAUUCCUGCAGCUCAGCUCCAUGGAGAGCAGCCCAGCUACCUGAAGGGAGACAACUUCUUCAAAUUCACCUGCUGUGACUGUUCUGAGGACAGAAAGGAGAGCUUUGAGAGGAUGAGGCUCACCUGGCAGCAGGUGGUGAUGUUGGCCAUGUACAACCUGUCUCUGGAGGGGACGGGUCGGCAGGGAUACUUCAGGUGGAAGGAGGAUAUCUGCGCUUUCAUUGGCCGACACUGGAACUUCCUGCUGGGAACAAGGAAGAAGACAUCGACGUGGUGGAGCACGGUGGCUGGAUGCCUCUCUGUCGGCAGCCCCACGUUCUUCCGCUCAGGAGCUCAGGAGUUCGGGGAACCCGGCUGGUGGAAGCUGGUCCAGAACAGACCUCCGAUACUGCGACCGGAGGUGGACAAAGCCUCCACCAAGGCUAAAGCCUCCAAACCCACCGUGGACCACAUCAUUACCGUGGAGGGUCUGAGGAAACGGGGUGCCAGGAACCCCGUGGAGAAUGCCAUGCAGCUGAAGGAGAAGCGCUCCCGCACCCAGGAGGCCAAAGACAUCCGGCGAGCUCAGAAGGAGGCGGUGGGCGGCUUCGUGGACCGCAGCGCCUCCUCCACGCCCGUCAAACUGGCCGGAGGUCGCGGCACCGGGCGCCGCCCCGAUCUGGUCCUGGAGAAAGGCGAGGUCAUAGAUUUCUCCUCCCUCAGCUCCUCGGACCGAACGCCGCUCACCAGCCCGUCCCCGUCUCCUUCCCUCGACUUCUCCGCCCCCGGAACCCCGGCCUCCCACUCAGCCACGCCCAGCCUGCUGUCAGAGGCCGACCUCAUCCCCGACGCCAUGCCGCCCCAGGCCCUGUUCCACGAUGACGAGGAGAUGGAGACGGAGGGGAUGAUCGACCCAGGGAUGGAGUACCUUCCUCCUCCCAGCUCCAGCCUCACCGCCCGUAAGAAGCUCCGCCCAGCGCCACCUCACAUCAAACGUGAAGCCGAGAGCGAGGACGACGAGGGCCGCGAGCGCGAUGACGACUUGGAGGAGCCGGUGGGACGAAGCGACGGUCCCCCUCUGUCCACCGGGGGGUGUGGUGGAGCCAGCGAGCGGCGGAGGAUCGGUCAUCCUGACAAAGAUGACGGUGGCAGCACCCAGAGUCCUCGCUACACAGCCCUCAGCCUGUACGAGGAGAGGAUGCUGCUGCGGCGGCUGGACGCCUGCCCACUAGCGCUAGCCGUCACGCCGCAGGCCAAACGCCUCCACAGGAAGCUGCUGGUGCGGCAGGCGAAGCGGCAGAGAGGUCUCCCCCUGCUGGAUGUAGACCGAGCCGUCAGCGCCACCCUCAGCCUGGUGGGAGGGAUCUAUGGAGCCCAGGAGUUAGGGUCGCUGCUGGGAGGCAGAGUCAAAGGGAAGUACUGCACCAACAGCCAGGAGCUGCGCAUCCUCGACCGCUUCCAGAUCAACCCGUCCAACAGAAGAAUCGUCCAGAAGAACUCCAUGUCCUUCUGGCACCGACUGAUGGGAGCCGAGGGCAGUUUGGACCAAAGCAUCAAGAGUCCGUAUACGUCCCGGAUCCUGAAGCCCUACAUCAGGAGGGACUAUGAAAGUCGUCCGGUGAAGUUGCGGCUGCUGGCGGAGAUCAGAGCGUUUCCUCACAGGAAGGAUCCUGACUGGCUCCCUGAGGCCGACGCCCCAAUCGAUUACUGCUACGUGCGGCCCAAUCACAUCCCCUCCGUCAAUGCCAUGUGUCACGACAGCUUCUGGCCCGGCGUGGACCUGUCCGAGUGCCUGCAGUACCCUGACUUCAGCGUGGUGGCGCUCUACAGGAAGGUGGUGGUCGGCUUCGGCUUCAUGGUUCCAGACGUCAAGUACAACGAGGCCUACAUCUCCUUCCUGCUGGUCCAUCCUGAGUGGAGGCGGGCCGGCAUCGGAACCUUCAUGAUCUACCACCUGAUCCAGACCUGCAUGGGGAAAGACGUGACGCUCCAUGUGUCGGCCAGUAAUCCCGCCAUGCUGCUCUACCAGAAGUUUGGCUUCAAGGCCGAGGAGUACAUCCUGGACUUCUAUGAUAAAUAUUAUCCGGUGGACAGCGCAGAGUGCCGCCACGCCUUCUUCCUGCGACUGAGGCGCUGACAGCUGUAGCUCCGCCCCCUGAUCAUGUGACUGUUUCAGGAAUGUUUCUUCAGGAACAAACUAAAAGCGUUUUGAGAAAAACUCGGCUGUGUUUCAGUCUGUAACUGUUUCUGUUGUCCAGUCAGUUUCCCUUCGAUCGUCUGUUUUUAGGUUUUUAUUUCUGCAGCUGUGAGGUUUGUGAGUCUCCAGCAGGAGGCGCUGCAGGAAGCAGGAGAAGCUGCUGGUCGACUGCUUUUAACUGAAUGUUCUGGAAUAAAGUGACGAGUCAAAAUUUCA